AUGGCGCAAGAGGUUCAGCACGAUAACAAUGACCAUCUGAUCAAAUCGGAGGACCCAGAGCACCCAGCCAAUUUGAUCCCCGAACUCUGCCGUAAAUUUUACAAUUGGGGAUGGGUUACGGGCACUGGUGGCGGGACAUCCAUCCGCAAUGGGGGACACAUCUUUAUCGCUCCUUCUGGUGUGCAGAAGGAGUUGAUGCAACCACACAAUAUCUUCGUCCUGGAGUUUCCCACCCCCAAGUACCCUCCCUCCGACCGCAAGUACAUCCGCAAGCCUCUCGCUUUGAAGCCCUCCGCCUGUACCCCGCUGUUCCUGGCUGCCUUUGAACGUGGUGCUGGCUGCUGCAUUCAUACCCACUCCCAAUGGGCUGUUCUGGUGACGCUCCUAGUUGAGCGGGAGAAGGGCCCCGAGGGGUGCUUUGAAAUCAGCAACAUCGAGCAGAUCAAGGGUAUCCCCAAGGGCCCAGGCAAGGGCAUGCUAGGGUUUUUUGAUACUCUGAAAAUUCCGGUUAUCGACAACACUGCAUUCGAGGAGGAUCUCACCGGAAGCUUGGAGAAGGCCAUGGAUGCCUAUCCGGAUACCUAUGCUGUGCUUGUGAGAAGACACGGAAUCUACGUCUGGGGCGACAAUGUUGCCAAGGCGAAGACCCAAUGCGAGAGUCUGGACUACCUGUUCCAACUUGCUGUUGAAAUGCACAAGCUCGGUAUUCCAUGGGUCAAAUAA